GAAAUUUUGGGAGUACCCUGAAGGCAACAGCAGCUACGGGGAAAGUGGUGAGGGUUCAUACACUCUUCUCUACUGUCAUUUGGACUCAUUCUACCAAGGGGACAGCAAGUACCGCAUUAAAACUUCUGCAAGUCACCUUCCUCACGUUGCGUCUUCAGUGUGUGUGUGUGAUUAAGCCACAGUUGAAUUCAUCAGCCAUCCCGCAAACCAGAACAACAAAGGCUGCCCACAAACUGUUCGUAAGCCCCUGCCAGCAGUGUUGCCAAGCCCAAGAGGAGACAUCGGCCAACAUUGCAGCCGGAAGAAAGAACACUAAAGAACAAUGGGCUCCCUAGGACAAAGUUGGCCUUUGCUGACUGUUGGACUUUUGCUGGGGCUUCAUCACACCUCAUGUUUCUGGGUCCUCAAUGUUGUCUUCCCUCCCGAUUUGAAACCUCAAAACCAUAGCAACAUCACACCUCCACUCAUCAUUGUUCCAGGAAACUUGGGCAACCGUCUGGAAGCUAAGAUAGACAAGCAGGAGCUGGCCCACUGGAUGUGCUACAAGAAAACCGAUCACUGGUUCCCCUUGUGGAUUGACCUCAACAUGUUCAUGCCUAUUGGUGUCGAUUGCUGGAUCGAUAACAUUAGACUUGUUUACAACAGGACAGCAAGACGAUCAUUCAACUCGCCAGGGGUGCAGGUGCGGGUGCCAGGGUUUGGACAAACCUAUCCCAUUGAGUUUCUCGACAAUAGCAAAUUGGCUGGUUAUUUUCACACUAUGGUGCAGCAUUUAGUCAACAUUGGCUACACUCGGAAUGAGACUGUCCGUGGAGCCCCGUAUGAUUGGAGAUUAACUCCGAAUGAGAACGCAGAGUAUCUCAUGAAGUUGCAGGAGCUGGUAGAACAGAUGUAUGAGCAGUACCAGGGGCCUGUUUACUUAUUGGGACAUAGCAUGGGCUGCCACUACGUCCUCUACUUUCUCAACCAUCAGCCUCAGGACUGGAAGGACAAGUACAUUCGGGGCUUCAUUUCCCUCGCGGCUCCAUGGGGGGGCGCUGUUAAAGUACUCAGAGUCAUGGGAUCAGGAGAAAAUGACGGCCUCCCAAUGAUUUCCAACAUUAAGAUCCGAGAGGAGCAAAGGAUGACUUCAACGAAUCCAUGGAUGCUGCCAACAGAGAAGGCGUGGCCAAAGGACCACGUUUUCAUAUCAACACCAAAUUUUAACUACACGACACAGGACUACCAGCGCUUCUUCCAAGACAUCAAUUUUGAGGAUGGCUGGUACAUGAGCGAAGACUCGAAGAACCUGACUGCUGAUCUCCGCCCACCUGGUGUUGAGGUGUGGUGUAUGUACGGCGUCGGACUACCCACUCCAGUCACGUAUAUUUACGAUGAGGGGUUUCCCAACGCAGACCCCAUAGACUUUAUUUACGACGAUGGGGAUGACUCCGUGGGCAGCCGAAGCAUGAGUCUUUGCAAAAAUUGGGCCGGGCAGCAGGAGAAGCCUGUGCAUGUUACGGAAUACAGGGGGUUGCCACACUUGGAUAUUGUAUUCAAUGAAAAGGUGCUCAAUCAAAUUCAGCAAAUUUUAGAGGGGAAAUCAGAGCUGCCUAAAGAAGUUGAUGUCAGGUCUGGCCAGAUAUAGCAAACUAUUUUCAAGUUAUAUUGAUUAAAAAGCACGUGCAGCAGGCCUGGGAAUAGCAGCAACAAUGAAUUGUGCAUGCCUGACCUCAAGUUUAUUAAAAAAAAUAUCCCUAUAAGUACUCUGAACGUUGAACUUUUCAACAUAUGAUUUUUUGUUGUGAAUAAAGAUGUUCUUUUAACUGGCA